CUUUCUGGAUCAGAUCUACACAGAGCUCUACAUCACAGAGGGAAGAAGUAAAGAGGUCAAUGAUGAACAUGAGAUCAGACAGAUUGAAAGAGCAUCCAAGAAAACCAGUGGACCAGGAACAACAAUCAGACGAGAAGACAUCUUUGAACGCCCACCUGGAAGAAAGGAUCCAAUCAGAACAGUGAUGACAAUGGGCGUGGCUGGCAUUGGGAAAACAGUCUUAACACAGAAGUUCAUUCUGGACUGGGCUGAAGACAAAACCAACCAGGACAUCCAGUUCAUAUUUCCAUUCACCUUCAGACAGCUCAAUGCACUGAAAGCAGAAAAGUUCAGCUUGGUGGAACUUGUUCAUCACUUCUUCACCAAGACCAAAGAAAUCUGCAGCUUUGAACAGUUCAAAGUUGUCUUCAUCCUUGAUGGUCUGGAUGAGAGUCGACUUCCUCUGAACUUCCACAACAAUAUGCCUGUGAGAGAUGUCACAAAGUCCACCUCAGUAGAUGUUCUGCUGACAAACCUCAUCAGUGGUGAUCUGCUUCCCUCUGCUCUCCUGUGGAUAACCACGAGACCUGCAGCAGCCGGUAAGAUCCGAAGGCAGUUCAUUGAUCUGGAGACAGAGAUCAGAGGGUUCACUGACCCACAGAAGGAGGAGUACUUCAGGAAGAGAUUUGAUAAAGAUGAGGAGAAGGCCUGCAGGAUCAUCUCCCACAUCAAGACAUCACGAAGCCUCUUCAUCAUGUGCCACAUCCCAGUCUUCUGCUGGAUCACUGCUAAUGUUCUGGAGUAUGAGUUAAAGAUCAGAGACCAAGGAGAGCUGCCAAAGACCCUGACUGAGAUGUACAUCCGCUUCCUGGAGACUCAGAUCAAACAGAGAAAGAUCAAGUAUGAAGGAGGACCUGAGCUAAAAAGACUCUGGACUCCAGAGAACAUAGAGAAUGUUCUGCCUCUUGGAAAACUGGCUUUUGAGCAGCUUCUGAAAGGAAACCUGAUCUUCUAUGAAUCAGACCUGAAAGAGUGUGGCAUUGAUGUCCAGGAUGCUCCACUCUAUUUAGGGUUCUUCACUGAGAUCUUUACAGAGGAGAAAGGGAUGGACGGCGACUCUGUCUAUUCCUUUGUUCAUCUGAGCAUUCAGGAGUUUCUGGCUGCAGUCUACAUGUUCCACUGCUUCACCAGCAGGAAGACACAGGUGGUGGAGAACUUCAUGGGAGAAGACCAGAAUUACUCAUCUCUGGAUGAGUUCCUGUGGAGAAUCAUGGAGAAAUCCCUCUUCAGUGAAAAUGGCCACCUGGACCUGUUUGCUCGCUUCCUUCAUGGCCUCUCUGUGGAGUCCAACCAGAGACUCUUAGGAGGCCUGCUGGGUCAGACAGAGAACAGUCCAGGAACCAUCCAGAGAGUCAUCACCAACCUGAAGGAGAUGAACACUGGUAGAAUCUCUCCUGACAGAAGCAUCAACAUCUUCCACUGUCUGAUGGAGAUGAAGGACCUCUCAGUUUUUCAGGAGAUCCAACAGUUCCUGAAAUCAAAGAAGAAGCUCUCAGAGAUCCAGUGCUCAGCUCUGGCCUACAUGCUGCAGAUGUCAGAGGAGGUUCUGGAUGAGUUGGACCUGGAGAAGUACAACACAUCAGCAGAAGGACGACGGAGACUGGUUCCAGCUGUGAGGAACUGCAGAAAGGCUCGACUAGUGGGCUGUAGGCUCUCAGUGACUGAAUGUGAUGCUGUGGCCUCUGCUCUGAAGUCCAACCCCUCCCUGACUGACCUGGAAAUAGAGGAGAUCAGUGAUGGAGGGGAAACCAUUGGAGACUCUGAGAUGAAGCGUCUCUGUGAGAUCCUGGAGACUCCAUUCUGUAAAGUAAAGAAGCUGAGAUUGUGGAGCUGCAGUUUGUCAGAGAUCAGCUGGGCGUCUCUGUUCUCUGCUCUGAAGUUCAACCCGUCCCAUCUGACAGAACUGGACCUGAGUCAGAACAAAGACCUGAAAGAUUCUGUAGUGAAGGAGCUCUGUGGUUUCCUCCAGACUCCCCUCUGCAAACUACAGACACUGAGGGGAAAGUGGCUCCACCUCCCUGUGAGGAGGUGAAAGGCAGCUCUCCACCCCCCAGAGAGCAGAGAAGGAGGCUUUCUGCUCACACCCAGGCAGUGCUCACCUUUUUAGGGGGGGACCUCUCUCCUCUGAAUGUGGAUCUGAACCCACAGCCACAGGGGAAUUUCACCACGGAGCACAGCGUGG